UCUCCUCCGCGUGGGUUUUUUUUUUUUGCUCCGUGGAGAAAGGCAAGUGAACGUUCUUUCCUGCUCACUACAACUCCCGGCAUGUCUCGCGCGGGUUCGGGGAAGCGUUUCCGGAUAGACGAGGCCGUUGGUCGUAAACAUCCAGAUUCCACUUGGAGUACAGACUGGGACCUCACAACGUCACGCUCUCCCCAGGAAAUGAACACCAUGUCCCUCUCCGAGUGUUACAUUGCUGUGAAGCUGGCUGAUCAGCCCCUGGCUCCCAAAUCCAUUCUGAGGCUGCCAGAAACAGAACUGGGAGAAUGCCCCUUGGGGAGCUGUAGCAUCUCGUACCUGAAACAGCUCAUCACGGGAAAGCUUCAGGAAUCUGUCCCCGACCCAGAACUCAUUGAUUUGAUUUACUGUGGCCGCAAGCUGCGGGAUGACCAGACCCUGGAAUUCUAUGGUAUCCAGUCUGGUUCCACAGUACACGUCCUCCGGAAAUCGUGGCCUGAGCCAGAACAGAAACCGGAACCAGUAGAUAAAGUGGCUGCAGUACGAGAAUUCCGUGUCCUACAUACUGCCUUGCAGAGCAGUCCCGUCUUCCGAGAUUCGGUUUUCAAGAUGUUGGGAAACAAGGAGUCCCUGGAUCAGAUCAUUGUUGCUACACCAGGAUUGAGCAGUGACCCAAUUGCUCUGGGUGUCUUGCAGGAUAAGGAUCUUUUCUCUGUCUUUGCUGACCCAACCAUGCUGGACACGCUCAUUCCAACCCAUCCUGCUUUGGUGAAUGCCAUCAUCUUGGUUCUCCACUCUGUGGCUGGAAGCACCCCCUUGCCCACUGGAGAGACCUCCUCGCGUAGCAUGCCUUCCAGCUCCUAUCGGGACAUGCCAGGUGGCUUCCUCUUUGAAGGUCUCUCUGACGAUGAAGAUGAUUUCCAUCAGAGCACAAGGACGACUCCGUCAAGCAGCACCUCUGGGUCCCGCCCAGCAUCCCUUGGCUACACUGGGGCAGCAGGACCUCGACCCAUCACACAGAGUGAGCUAGCAACGGCCUUGGCCCUGGCCAGCACCCCAGAGAGCAGCUCGCACACCCCAACUCCAGGAACGCAGGGACACUCUUCAGGCACGUCUCCGAUGUCCUCUGGGGUCCAGUCAGGAACUCCCAUCACAAACGACCUCUUCAGCCAGGCUUUACAACACGCCCUGCAGGCGUCUGGGCAGCCAAACUUGCAGAGCCAGUGGCAGCCUCAGCUGCAGCAGCUGCGCGACAUGGGCAUUCAUGACGACGAGCUCAGCCUCCGAGCCUUGCAAGCAACCGGCGGGGACAUCCAGGCUGCUCUGGAGCUCAUCUUUGCAGGAGGAGCCCCCUAACGUCUCUCUGUGAGGACUUUGACCCCAGGAGGCUUGCUGGCGCCCCUGAUCCCUCUGUUACUGAACCAGUCCUUGAAUGUUCAGCAUUCGUUUCUGUAUUGGGCUCCAUCAUCUUCAUGUUCAGCCGUCCAGAAUCUUUCCCAAGCUUUCCUCACCAGAUUGGAACCUGGGGCUGAGUCCCUGGAGAUGAACAGUAGUGGCAAGACGUAAGAACUUGAUCUUCAAGGGACAGUUUGUGGAACACCCACACAGCAGCAUCCAGGCUAAGCAAAAAGACUGCAGGCCAGAGAGCCUGGAGGCCUACGUUUCCUCUAGGGAGUAUCUGGCCACAUUUCGCCCAGCACAGUUGCAGGGAAACAAGCAUCCCUUCAUUGCCAGAAAGAACUUGCAUGUUCUCCCUUCCUUUUGUCAGGGGUUUUGCAACUCUUGGUUUCUGUGUCUCUGUUAAGGUUGCCUAGAUUCAUACAUCACUACAUUAAAGCUCCCCUUCCGUGA